AUGGCAGCUGGAGGCAAUUUGAAGCUUUUAGGGACAAGGCAUAGCAUGUUUACCCAAAGAGUUGUAUGGGCAUUGAAGUUGAAGGGCAUUGAAUAUGAGUUCAUUGAAGAAGACCUUGUUAACAAGAGUUCAUUGCUUAUAGCAUUGAACCCUGUCCAUAAAAAAGUUCCAAUACUCGUUCAUGGUGGAAAACCGAUAAUUGAUUCGAAAAUCAUCCUGGAAUACAUAGAUGAAACAUGGAAGGAAAGACCUCUCUUUCCACAACAUUCUCCGGAGAGGGCUUAUGUACGUUUCUGGGCGGCGUUCAUUGAUGACAAGUUGAUGGAAGCAUCAAAGAAGGCAUUUGCUUCAACAGGAGACGAUCAAGUGAAGGCGAUCGAAUUGACCGUCGAGGCCUUACAAUUACUAGAAGAAGAGCUUCGUGGAAAAAAAUUUUUUGGUGGAGAUCAAGAAAUUGGAUUUCUUGAUAUAGUAGCAGGAUGGAUAGCAUAUUGGUUGCAGUUUAUUGAGGAAAUUGGUGGUUUUAAGGUAAUGGAUUCAACAAGGUUUCCAUGUUUAGAUUUAUGGACCAAAAAUUUCCUACAAGUUCCCAGCAUUGAGCAAAACCUUCCCCCACCUGAUGAAUUGCGCAAUGUCUUUAGUGCCAUCCGAAUGGCUAUGUGCCCCAAAUAG